AUGUUCCGCCGCGAUAGGCCGCAACGCGCCCACAUCUUGCUUCACCCCACCUUCAUCACGUACAAGACUCGGAGGGAGUUCAGACAAAAGUUGGCAGGCAACUGGAUCGCGAACUUGCCCUUGCCCGGCAGCGCGAGCCUUGACCCGGCAGUACGCAGAGUAUACGCCCGCGAGAGCCUCGUCAACUUUCGCGCCAUCUCGCGCAUAUGCGCUACGCGAUCCAAACGACCCCUUACGAACGAGGAUCGUGUGCCGCUCGAAGUCGCCCUCGAGCUCUCGGAAAUUGGGCAGUUCGCUGAGUUGGCAUACACCCCUAUACCCAUCACAUACAUCUUGAAGAAUCUGGACACCCUCACACGCGAACAUUUUCCCUUAGAGGGAUACGACGCCCUGAACGACUGCGUGCUUGUAACGCACACCCAUGGCGCCGUGGCGGAUGUCCAGACUUUUGUCGUCUACCGACCAAAGACGCGGCAAGCGGUCGCAUCCUUUUCUGGCACGGCCAACCUCGCGCAGUGCAUAUACGACCUGAACCUCACUCGGCAUCACUAUCACAACGGCGUCCUACGUCGCGGUCGCGUGCACCAUGGGUUUUGGAAGAUGUUCAAGGGGUUGAGGCAGUUCAUCAUGCGCGCAAUAGAGGCUGCUUGCGCGCAGUUUGACGUCGAGGAGCUUGUGCUGACAGGUCAUUCAUUAGGCGGGGCACUCGCUUACCUGUUUGGAUUAGAGGUGCUGUCGGCAUCAUACGAGGUCCCAAAGGGCAUCCGGAUCAAAGUCAUCACGUUCGGCGCGCCUCGGGUCGGCGACGAGGAGCUUGCGAAGUACUGGAACGAGCUAGUAGAUGCCUAUCGCACAUUGUAUGGACCUGGUGCACUGAUCGACUACUGCGUGAAGGGGCAUAGAGACGGCGUGCCUGCUAUCCCACCUGUCUCCUUUGGCUACCGGCACUUCUGCCGCGAACCGCUUUUCUCAUACGAUGGCAAAGUCUACCGCAUCCCCGCUUCAGAACGCGAACACGCGCUUUUCGACCUUCCCCGCGCAGAAGACGACGCACCAGCGAUGUAUCCUCGCGGCGGACACAACUAUUACAACGGGCGCUCGCUCGAGAGCGUGUUCCGCCGGCUGCAGUUCCUCGAGAAGAUCCUGGACGGAGGGUCAGCUGCGGAUGCGUGGGAAGACCGAUAUCUCCGCCGUGUACACAAGUAUGAAGGCGCGGUGCAGGUGCAGCAGCAGCAGCGCAAAGGCGGUCCGAGCGUGAUACCGUUGCGCGCGAGGGCAGUCAACGUUGGUUGCGGGAGUCACUUUUCCAUAACCCAUAUCGAGCAUGCUCUGCCGAUUUGCUACACUAUCGUAUUUAUUGGCUAUGUACUGUACCGCAUCACUUCCGUGCUUCGGGUGGGCGAGGGGGUGGCGACGUGCUUGUGGGCGUCAAUCCGGGCAGCUCUGGGCAUGACCAUCGAGAGCGCCAUCUCUGUGCUCCGUCAGCUGCUGUUUUGCUCUCAGCCUCCGACUGCCACCACUACCAUGCCGGGCAACCGAAGACGCGCGACGCAUGCCGACUCGUGGUAUACCGGCAACGGCAAGCGUCUCGAUACCGAGCUGACUGGAUGGCUGAAUGCCGUUGACCCGCGCAAGAGCGAAAGCGAGGACUUUGCGCCGCCGAUAAAGGGCUGCAAGGCCAUCAUCGCACCCCAUGCUGGAUAUGCGUACUCCGGUCCUGCUGCCGCCUAUGCGUACAAGUCUAUUGAUACUGCGGGCAUUAAACGAGUGUUCAUCCUCGGACCGUCCCACCACGUCUACCUUGACGGUUGCGCCUUGACUCAAUGCACGCAGUACGAGACUCCGCUAGGUGAUCUGCCGAUCGACACCUCCACGGUCGACGAACUUCGCAAGACGGGCAAGUUCACAGAGAUGGACCUCGGUACAGACGAAGACGAGCACAGCAUCGAGAUGCACCUUCCCUACGUCCGCAAAAUCUUCGAGUCUCAAGACAUCAGCGUGAUACCCAUCCUCGUCGGCGCGAUCGACAAGUCCAAGGAAGAGGCCUUCGGACAGCUCCUCGCACCCUACCUCGCAGAGCCAGAUACCUUCUUCGUCAUCUCGUCCGACUUUUGUCACUGGGGCACGAGGUUCAGUUACACGUUCUACUAUCCAUCCCCGCCGCCUUCGUCCGAACCGCCCAUCAGGCUCGCCAAAGCUGGCCACGCGGGACCAAACGCGGACUACCCCAUCCACGCAAGUAUCGCAGCGCUCGACCGUGAAGCGAUGGAGCACCUAUCGUGUCCACCCAGCACACCCGCCGGCGCACACGCGCUCUUCGCGGACUACUUGCAGCGCACGAAGAACACCAUCUGCGGACGACACCCGAUCGGGGUACUUCUAGGUGCACUCGCGGCACGCGCAGAGACGGAUGGGAAGCAGCCGAAGUUGGAGUGGGUGCGGUAUGAGCAGAGCAGCAAGUGUAUGAAUGUGAGGGACUCGAGCGUGAGCUAUGCGAGUGCCUACAUAGCAUACUGA